GCUCCCCACUCAAUCCAAUUAAAGGCGCGACUUGAGGCGCUCUUCUACGUGUUCAUCUACCAGACUCGACGUUGAGACAACAGGAACCAGAGGGGCUUUGGCCAAAAAAAAAGAGAAGGGGGAGAGGGAAGAGAAGGAGAGAUUGCCUUGCCUUCUAAUUUCUCCCUCUCCAAGCCACAGAACAAUGUCGAUGAGCCCUAAGCAUACGACUCCUUUUUCUGUUUCCGAUAUCUUGAGUCCCCUUGAGGAGAGCUAUAAGAAAGUAAGUAUGGAGAAUAACAACUUGGGGGCACCUCUCGCUUCUUACCGGCAGCCGCAGGUCUCUCAGGCGGCGAUGCAGCAGCACCACAUGGGCCACAACGGGACUGUGUCAGCGGCUUACCACAUGACUGCGGCAGGAGUCUCCCAGCUGUCACACACUGCCAUGGGGGGCUACUGUAACGGCAACCUGGGCAACAUGGGCGACCUCCCGUCGUACCAGGACGGGAUGAGCGGCAGCGCCACGGCCACCGGCUGGUACGGAGCCAACCCCGACCCGCGCUUCUCCACCAUUUCUCGCUUCAUGGGCUCCUCGUCAGGCAUGAACAUGGGCAGCAUGGGCAGCCUCGGCUCCCUGGCGGAUGUGGGCAAAAGCAUGGGCUCCCUGUCCAGCACCCCGCGGAGAAAAAGGCGGGUGCUUUUCUCACAGGCGCAGGUCUACGAGCUGGAGCGCCGCUUCAAGCAGCAGAAAUACCUGUCGGCGCCGGAGAGGGAGCAUCUGGCGAGCAUGAUCCACCUCACCCCGACCCAGGUGAAGAUCUGGUUCCAGAAUCACCGCUACAAGAUGAAGAGGCAGGCCAAGGACAAAGUGUCCCAGCAGCAGAUGCAGCAGGAGAGCGGUUCCUGCCAGCAGCAGCAGCAGCAGUCCCCGCGAAGGGUGGCCGUACCGGUGUUGGUGAAGGACGGCAAGCCAUGUCAAGGCAGCGGUCACACGCCCACCUCCUCCGCACAGACGCACCACCAGCAGGCAAGCAACGUCAUGAUCAUGUCCAACAACGCCAGCGGCCUCGGGCAGCAUCAGAGCCAGCAGGUGGGAAGCACAGGCCACUCUCCAGACCUGGUACCGCACUCCUCCAGUCCGCCCUCUAUGCAGAGCCAGGUGGCCGGCCUCUCUCACCUUAACUCCCCCGGAGCUGAGUACGGCUCGGCCUUACAGUGCUCGGCCCUGUUGUACGGCAGGACGUGGUGACAAGAAGUACCGGCUAUGGUUAAAAUUCCCUCUAAUGUAAAAAAGGCAGGUUUCACCAUCCAUGCACACAUUUGAACAAAAAAAAACCUAAGUAAAACCGCUGCAGUUUUUUAUUCUAAGGAAACUUACGUGGAAGAAACGUUUCCCAUAAACUGUGGAUGUGAACGUCCUGGGAUUUAUUUAUGUAAAUUAUAUAAAGAGACAAAAGAAGAUUGUUGCCGUAGACUAAUAGUGGGGAGACACCUGACCCUGAACAUGGACGCAUAAACACGUCUGGACUGCAGUGCGACUCUGCUUUCUAAUAGAAUUUAAUGUAAGCCGUAGGUCUAGCUUGUACAUUUCUGUAAAAGGUUUGAAUUCUAGCUUUGUUGUACAAACUUUUUGACGCUAUUGCUAGUUUGUUGUGGUUUCACUGGUAUUUGUACGUUUAAUUUCUUUGUAACUCAUAUAGAUAUUUGACCUACUACAAAACAGUCCUAUUAAUAAAUUAUGAGAAGGAGACAGCUAAACUAUUCUUUUGUGAAAUAUGUUCGCAUCUGCGCUGUUGCAUUAUGUGAAUAAUAAUACUGAAGAAAUGAAGAGAAUUUAAGAAAUUAUUAGUAGGAGUCGUAGUAGUGUUGUAGUAUUAAGACCUUCAUAUUUUUCAUUUAUUUCCAAAAAAGGCUGAUCAAAGUAAGGACACUUUUUUAGUGUGAAAAUCGCUCCAUCAAUAUUAAGUACCAACAGCUUUUUUUGUAAUUGAUACAUUUUUUGAUGAAUCAUACGGUUGCUCACGCAUUCCCCGCAGAGUAAACGGCCAUUAUAGCCUUUAUGUGCUUUAUUUUUUUUUUUUCUUCCCUUUGCUCCUUUUUUGAAUGUGUAUUCACUGAGUCAGAGAGGCGAGGUUUCUCGGAGCUCCACAUCAAACACGAGCGCUGCUCAAAGGGCAGCUUAUCGAUGCAAUCCCUGACCAAACAGCACGCGAGCCCAUAUCAGCUGCAUCAUCAAUAAUCAAUCAGGGAGCUGAAAGGAAAGGACGAUUGGUUUGAGAUUCAGUAACAAAACCGUUUCUAUAAACUUCUAUUUAUUACCAUUAUUAGUAUUAGUAGUAGUUGUAUAUAUUGUAUUUUAAGCACAAUUUAAAUUUAGUCUAUAAAUUCCACGGGCAUGAUGAGAAUUUAAAUAGUAAUUUAUUGUUUUUCAAUUUAAUUUGGUAAAUCCAAGUAAAUCCAGGAAACUCUUUAUUUAACAUUCGUCUAACCGACAGCUGCAGCUGUAAUUGGUGCGGUCGCCACGAGGUUAAAAUAAUCAGUUUUUGGUUUACUGUAUUCAGUACAAUACAACAUAGUCCCACAUUCAGUUUUCCAAUUGCUAUGAUGUUUCUAAUUAGAGGCGCACAAGGUAAAAUGAGCUAAGGUGCUGGUUAGGGGCCCCUAGGCCAGCAGGGGGGCUCAAUGAGCGCUCAAGCUUUCUCAAAGAAGGUAGAUUUUAGAACUUCAAAUUUGCAGUCGAGUUUAAAAUAACGUUUUAAAUUUAUUUAGAAUUAAAAAAUAAGUUUUAUAAUUAUGUUAAUAAUUAUAAUCAAUGUCACUAGGUAAGUAAUGUCUGCUGCCUGUGUCUGUGCUGCAGUCAGAUUCUAUGGAGAAUGUAAAUGGUGACUAAUGAAUAAAUUAAUGACAACUGGUACCUUCUUUCUGACUUUUACUAAGUUAGCAUUGAAAUGCUGUACUCUGGGCGCCACUACCAGACCAAAAGAGUAAGUCAGAGAAACAUCUUUGUCUCAAAAUUUAUUGUCAGCUCUUUGUUCAAACAUUAAAAUGAACUGGAAAUGGGGCCCUUCAUCAAAUUCUGCUUCUGGCGCCAUUCAAACUCGAGCCAGCUCUGCUUAUAUUAGAUAAUAAAAAUUAACCAAAAGACAAAGAAAAGUUUUUUUAAACCAUUUGGCCGUUACGAAUGCAAAGUUGAAAAUAUGUCUACAUUUUCUAGAGCAGAUAGUUCAUGUUGAUGUGAAAUGACAUCUUCACUGGGGUCGAUGAAUGGAAGGAUUUAUAAUUUAUUAUCCUGUUUGUUUCUUUGGACAUUUACAUCCUCAGUCAGAACCUUCAUCAAACAAUUAGUUAAAAAGUAACGCCUGGUUAUUCAAUCUGCUUGAUAUUAUAAAUCCUUGACUCAUUAUUAGAACAAAGGUUUUCCCAACAACAGCUUUUAACUGUUAAUGACACUAAAGUCUCUUCCAUGCAGUUUAAUGAAGACUGAUUAAUAUUUAUGUAUGGAUGUAUUUAUUUAUUUAUUUGUUUGUUUGUUUUUGUUUGCAUGUUGCCAGUAAAACACAGGUUCCACUGCAACUUUUUAAUGCAGUGCUUUUUUUUUGGCAUAGCUGUGAAAAGUAGUCCUAGCCAAUCCACCACCCACCGCCACCCCCACCCACCCCCCGACCACCACCCCUCUCAGUUAUUAUUGAAAAGUUGGGAUUUCCACAGCAUACUUACACUACUGUAUAUUCGCAUGUCUUCUGUCACUUUUAUUCUAAAAGCAGCCACAGUUUGAGGCCUCCUGUGAUAAAUAAAAAGCCCUUCCAGAAGACCUUUGAGUUAAAUUCUCAAACCCAGCAUCAGAAACUGUCUUAUAUUAGGUGUUUUUCAGAGCGGGUUUUGUUCGCGGAGAGAAGUGAGAACUUUGGGAUUACAUUAACAUGUCUUUGGCGCCGUGUGUGGUCUUUGUGCGCAGCUUGUAGCUGUCGAGAAUGACUUGUUGGAAGCGUGUGCGCUCUCAUUGCUCUCCUUUGUGGAAAGCCCACAGUGCAGCUCCCUGAGUCCUCCUGGCUUUAUGGUGGGCUGCCUCAAUGAACCCCAAGCAAUUAGUCUCUAAUCUCAAGGUAAUCAUAUUUGAGUUAGUGACUAGCUGGUGAAUUUCAUUCGCCUCUUUAAGACCAGGUUCCCUCGGUGUCAGGGUGAAGUGAAGUUUGAACGGAUAUUAACUGUGUGUGCGCGCCUUAAAAGUAAAAGUGACGAAUUAACGAGCAGGUGGUGGUUCAAAAAUAUAUAAAUAAGUGGAAGCGAAUUGUAAAAGGGAAAAUACUCUAUUUUGUAAAUGUUAUUAUUGUUAUUAUUAUUAUCAUCGUCUUUGUCGAAAUCAAGAUGAUACAUAAACAUGUUAAAAGGAAAAUACAAUAAACACCAAUAUACUCUUCAAACAUAUUAUAGAGACUAAUUUUGGAUCGAUAUCUGUCAACGGUUUUGUCGCAAAAU